AUGCAUGACGCACCAAAAAGCGGCAAUUUGAUUGCAAACCUGAUAAGAGGUUUGGAUCACAUUAGGGAUCCACAAUUGAACAAGGGCCUCGCGUUCACCUUACACGAGCGUCAAGCCUUAGGCCUGCAAGGUCUGUUAGCGGCUAAAGUUACUACUUUGGAGCAGCAAGUAUCCAUUAUGACAAUUUCCUUAGACAGAUAUUUGGAUGACUUGAACAAAUAUAUGUUCUUGGUUGAGUUAAGGGAUACCAAUGAGAAGCUAUACUUUAAUCUUUUAGCAAGUGACAUUGAGAAGUAUCUUCCAAUAGUUUACACGCCUACAGUGGGUUUGGCCUGUCAGAAAUUUGGUAUAACGUAUAAAAGACCUCGAGGAUUGUUUAUAACAAUACAUGAUAGGGGACAUGUCUAUAAUAUUAUGAAGAAUUGGCCUGAAAAUGACGUGCGAGCGAUAGUAUUCACGGACGGGGAACGUAUCCUAGGUCUAGGCGAUCUCGGAGCUUAUGGCAUGGGAAUUUCUGUGGGCAAGUUGGCGUUGUACACAGCACUGGCGGGAAUUCCCCCGCAUCAGUGCUUACCUAUCAUGCUUGACGUGGGAACUAAUAAUAAGAGUCUCCUCGAAGACCCACUUUACAUUGGUUUGAGGCAAAACCGAGUUAGAGGUGAAGAAUACGCUGAACUACUUGACGAGUUUAUGAAUGCAUGUGUCAUGAGGUACGGGCGUAACACGCUUUUGCAAUUCGAAGAUUUCGCCCUGGAAAAUGCCGGUCCACUACUUGAAAGGUACAAGAAUAAAUACUGCACUUUCAACGACGAUAUUCAAGGAACAGCCAGCGUAGUGGUGUCGGGUUUGCUGGCAGCACGAAGAAUCACGAAGAAAAAAAUGAGCGAAAACAUCACCAUUUUUCUUGGAGCCGGCUCGGCAGCUACUGGCAUAGCACACUUAAUGGUAGCUGCUAUGGUAGACGAGGGUGUGUCGGAAAAAGAGGCUCAAGGGAAAAUCUUCAUGCAUGAUGUUGAAGGAUUACUUACCUCAAAGCGGCCAGGGGGCGUGCCAGCGCACGCAACCGCUUUCGGUAAAGAUUUGGAGCCCGAAAAGAGUUUUGAAGCAGUGGUGACCAAACUGAAGGCUACAUGUAUUAUUGGAUGCUCGACUGUUGGAGGGUUGUUUACGCCGGCCAUAUUGAAACAAAUGGCGAAAAAUGCUGAAAGACCUAUAGUCUUCGCUCUUUCGAAUCCGACGAGCAAAGCCGAGUGCACAGCACAAGCCGCAUAUGAUAAUACUGAGGGUCGAUGUAUAUUCGCGUCUGGAUCUCCUUUCCCUCCAGUGCAGUAUGGUGGCAAGGAAUACAAGACAGGCCAGGGGAACAACUCCUACAUCUUCCCUGGGGUAGCCCUGGGCGUGAUCGCCUGCUGUUGUCAUACCGUCACCGAUUCUAUGUUUUUGGUUGCUGCCAGGACCCUGGCUGAACUGGUUAAAGAGCAGGACCUGGAGAUCGGUCGUAUUUAUCCGCCUUUGAAGGAAGUCAAAGAUGUGUCGUUGGACAUAGCUGUUGAAGUGGCAGAGCACGCCUUCUCAAAAGUUAAGCGGUGUUUUCUGGUUUUGCUUAUAUUCAAAUUAUUCUCAGAAGAUAGGGUAGCUAGGAAUUUAUUAAGUAAUUUUUCCACCACAGAUCUAGCCACAGUCCAUCCUAAGCCUCCAGAUUUGAAGUCCUUUAUACAGAAACAUAUUUAUUCUUUAAAGUAUGAAAGUAUAUUGCCGAAAUUCUUCGACUAUCCGGAGAUAGAACCGCCGUUGCCCGUAAAGUCUUACGAUGAAAUUGCUAAGGGAUUUGUGGCCAAACCCAAGGCGAAAGUACCAAAAUCGUAG